AUGAAGCUCUUCGCAAAGAAGUCGUCCAAGAAGCAGCAAGCCGGCCAGGACGAAAACGACUACGACGCCCCCCCAGCCUACUCUCACUUCCCUCCUCCCACCAACUCGGAGGCUUCCUCUCCCACAAAGUCGCCCACCAAGCCCCGUUCACCCACCAAGGCUCAUUCGCCGACGAAAUCCCCCACCAAAAAAUCCUCCCAGCCCGCAUCUCCAGGCCCUCGGGAGACAAAGUCAUCGCGCACAUCCCGCACUUUCGGCCGCCACCCUACAGACCCCGGAUCACGCAGGACCAGCAAGAUCGACUACGACACUCACCCCCUCAACCUCACCCCCGAAGAGCGUGCAAAGCGCCUUUCAGCCAUGAGCGGUCGCAACUCCCCCGGAGCCAUGGACAUUGACUCCUCCCAGUCCAACGCCGCUCCUUCCUCCUCUCCUGCCCCGGCCCCCCAACCCUCCGCCCAGGCUUCAUUCUCCGUCCCCAUACCGAAUGGCAUCAACACAAACGUCAACGGCAAUGAUAAUGGCGAUGCCCCUCCUCCCCCACCUCACAAGUCCAACCCCUCCAGCCCUGUGCCCACUACCGAGGAUGAGGCUGAGGCCUACAAGGGUGCGGGCAACAAGUUCUUCAAGGAGAAGGACUACAAGAAUGCCAUCCUCCAGUACUCCAAGGCUAUCGAGUUGGUCCCCGAUUCCGCCACCUACCUGAGCAACCGCGCUGCCGCGUACAUGUCCAACACCCAGUAUGAGUACGCCCUCGAGGACUGCACCCGCGCCGCCGAUCUCGACCCCGAGAACCCCAAGAUUCUCCUCCGCCUGGCCCGCAUCUACACCAGUCUCGGACAGCCCCAGGAGGCCCUUCUCGUCUUCGGCCGCAUCAACCCGCCUCCCUCUGCGAAGGACCAGGCUCCGGCCCGGGAGAUGCUUAAGCACAUCACCGCCGCCCAGAGCGCCCUGAGAGAUGGCACCGCCGGCUCCAUGGUUUUGCACGCCCUGGACCAGGCCGAGCGACAGCUGGGUUUCGGCGCUUCCAAGCCCCGCAAGUGGCAACUGAUGCGUGGCGAGGCCUACCUGAAGAUGGGCACCGUGAAUGCCCUCGGCGAGGCGCAGAACAUUGCCAUGAGUCUGCUGAGGAGCAACAGCCAGGAUCCCGAGGCCUUGGUGCUCCGUGGACGUGCUCUGUAUGCCCAGGGUGAGAACGACAAGGCCGUCAGCCACUUCCGCAAGGCUAUCAGCUGCGACCCCGAUAUGCGCGAUGCCGUCAAGUACCUGAGAAUCGUCCAGAAGCUUGACCGCAUGAAGGAGGAGGGCAACCAGGACUACAAGCUUGGCCGAUGGCAGUCUGCCAUUGAGAAAUACACCUCCGCUCUGGAGGUUGACCCCGCCAACCGCGGCACCAACUCCAAGAUCCUGCAGAACAGGGCGCUCUGCAAGAUCAAGCUCAAGCAGUACGACGAUGCCAUUGCCGACUGUGAGCGUGCCAUCAGCCUGGACUUAACAUAUCUCAAGGCCCGCAAGACCAAAGCCAAUGCUCUUGGCCAGGCCAACAAGUGGGAGGAUGCUGUGCGUGAGUGGAAGGCGAUCCAGGAGCUCGACCCCGAAGACCGCACCAUCGCCAAGGAGGUUCGCAAGGCCGAGCUGGAGCUCAAGAAGAGCCAGCGCAAGGACUACUACAAGAUCCUCGGUGUCGAGAAGGAUGCGGAUGACAACCAGAUCAAGAAGGCAUACCGCAAACUGGCCAUCAUCCACCACCCCGACAAGAACCCCAACGACGAGCAGGCCGCCGAGCGCUUCAAGGACAUCGGUGAAGCCUACGAAACCUUGAGCGAUUCUCAAAAGCGUGCUCGUUAUGACAGUGGUGAGGACCUCAUCGACCCCUCCGACAUGUUCGGUGGCGGUGGUAUGGGAGGUGGCAUGGGUGGCAUGGGCGGCAUGCACGGGGGCAUCGACCCUGAGAUCCUGUUCAACAUGAUGGGAGGUGGUGGCGGCUUCGGCGGCGGUGGCGGCUUCAACGGAGGCGGCUUCCCCGGCGGCGGUGCACACUUCUCGUUUGCUGACGGUUCUGGUGGUCGCCCGCGCGGCGGCCAAGGGUUCGGUGGACGCGGCUUCAACUUCUCGACCUGA